AUGGGUGUGCGCGAUAGAGGGGGCAGAAAAAUAAAUUCACGAUCACAUCGAUUACAUUCACGCCAAAAAAAGAAAAAAACAGGAAUGAAAUUUACAUCACCAUCACAGAAUUUAUCAUCAUUAAAACAUCAUCACUUAUACUAUAAUCCUGAGCCUGCCGAUUGUCGACUAAUAAUAACGGAUAUAAAUGCAAAAGAGCGCAAAGAUAAUAACGAUGGACUUUCACAUGAUUAUGAAUUUCGACAAGUGUUUUACGCGCAUAAGAGUAAUUUAAUAAAGAAAAGCCCAUGUUUUAGACGUUUCUUUGAGAAACUUGAAGAGGCUCAAUCAACGACGACGACGACAACAAAAUCAAAUUGUGAGAAUAUUGAGAAGCAUCAAUGGCAAGAAAUUCAUCUGAGAAUAGUGCAACCGGAACUUGCGAGAUUCGAUGAAAUGCUACAUUGGAUUGAAACAGGCGACAGCAAGCGAUGGAUAGUUAAAGGCAUAACAGUCGAAAAUUUUCACAUAGUGGUGCAAAACAUCAACCUGCUAGAAUUAGGUUGGGAAGCAAAAAGCAUCUGCGUGGGAUUUCGUAACGCUUACCACGAUUGGUUGGAGAUCCGUCGCCGUGGUGAAAUGGCAGAACAUAAAUCACGAAAAAUAGAGGAAAUAAAAAAACGUCCUAUGCGACUUUUGUGA